GUGAGCCUGGUUGGUUGUGGAGAGAGGUCACGACAGUUGCGUGGGGUUUACCUUGUGACACUAUUACAACAACUUUGUGUUGGUACCGGCUAAGUUUGUAAUUCUAAGAAUUUCUCUUGGGCUGUCCAGCAUUGUGAGCUUUUGUGUUCUUCUGGUCACCACCUGCCUCGUGAUGUGAUCUGGUAGCGGAGCCUUGUAGCCCCUGCAUCUGCAGUUUUCGCCUGUGCUUUGGAGUUUCGGGUCGCGACUGUCUGCGAUCGCUAUAAAGUUGCUUAGUCUCAAGCUGUGUUUGAGAUCACUAUUUGAAGCUCUGAACACGGUGGUGAUUGGGCGUCAACGUGGGAGUUACAAAUUUGCGGCGUUUCCAUGAAAUCCUGUGCAUUGUCGCUUGCUACUGCCGCGGCUACAUUUGGUGAUGAGGAAAAGAAAAUGGCGGCGGAAAAAGAGAGCGGCGAGAGCGAAGAGGAGUCCCUCACCUUGACAGUGCAGGAGAGGGAGGCGCUCGGUGGAUUGGACAGUCGCCUCUUCGGGUUCCUGAGUCUUCGCGAAGAUGGCGCCAGUGUGAAAACCCUAUUGGGCAAGGCUGUUCACUGCUACGAAUCUUUAAUAUUAAAAGCUGAAGGAAAAGUGGAGUCUGAUUUCUUUUGUCAAUUAGGUCACUUCAACCUCUUAUUGGAAGAUUAUUCAAAAGCAUUAUCUGCAUAUCAGAGAUACUACAGUUUACAGGCUGACUACUGGAAGAAUGCUGCCUUUUUAUAUGGUCUUGGUUUGGUCUACUUCUAUUACAAUGCAUUUCAUUGGGCAAUUAAAGCAUUUCAGGAUGUGCUUUACGUUGACCCCAGCUUUUGUCGAGCUAAGGAAAUUCAUUUACGACUUGGGCUUAUGUUCAAAGUGAACACAGAUUAUGAAUCCAGUUUAAAGCAUUUUCAGUUGGCUUUGAUUGACUGUAAUCCCUGUACUUUAUCCAAUGCAGAAAUUCAGUUUCAUAUUGCCCACUUGUAUGAAACCCAGAGGAAGUAUCACUCUGCAAAAGAAGCCUAUGAACAACUCUUAAAGACAGAAAACCUACCUGCACAAGUAAAAGCAACUGUAUUGCAACAGUUAGGUUGGAUGCAUCAUAAUAUGGAUCUAGUAGGAGACAAAGCCACAAAGGAAAGUUAUGCUAUUCAGUAUCUCCAAAAAUCACUGGAGGCAGAUCCUAAUUCUGGCCAAUCUUGGUAUUUCCUUGGAAGGUGUUAUUCAAGUAUUGGGAAAGUCCAGGAUGCAUUUAUAUCCUAUAGGCAAUCUAUUGAUAAAUCAGAAGCAAGUGCAGAUACAUGGUGUUCAAUAGGUGUGCUCUAUCAACAGCAAAACCAGCCUAUGGAUGCUUUGCAGGCCUAUAUUUGUGCUGUACAAUUGGACCAUGGGCAUGCAGCAGCCUGGAUGGACCUAGGCACUCUCUAUGAAUCCUGCAACCAGCCUCAGGAUGCCAUUAAAUGCUACUUAAAUGCGACUAGAAGCAAAACUUGUAGUAGUACUUCUUCACUUGCAGCAAGAAUUAAGCUAUUACAGGCUCAGUUGUGUAACCUUCCACAAGGUAGUCUACAGAAUAAAACUAAAUUACUUCCUAGUAUUGAGGAGGCAUGGAGCCUACCAAUCCCCGCAGAGCUUACCUCCAGGCAGGGUGCCAUGAACACAGCACAGCAGGCUUAUAAAGUUCAUUGUCCAAAUACUGAACUUGUGUUAGACUUUAGUCAAACACUAAUUUCACAGCAAUCCUUGUCAGUACACAUGAUCACUUGUAGUCAAGUAGAAGGCCUGCCCACUCUUUCGAAGAAAAAAAGAAUACCUAGUCCAACAAAGUAUCGCACAUAUAAUGGUUCUGAUAACUGGAAUAGUGGCCAAACUAUUUCACCUCAUCCAGUACAGCAACAAGCACAUUCGUGGGGUUUGACACCACAGAAAUUACAGCACUUGGAACAGCUGCGUGCAAAUAAAGAUAAUUUAAAUCCAGCUCAGAGACUGAUGCUGGAACAGCUGGAAAAUCAGUUUGUCUUAAUGCAGCAAAGAAUGAGACAAACAGGAGUUGCUCAGGUACAAACUACUGGAAUUCCUAAUGGGCCAAUAUCUGACUCAUCACUGCGUACAAACUCUAUCUCUAGCCAGCAACCACAUGCAGCUCUGACCAGAGCACCUAGCAUCUCUCAGCCUGGAGUUCGCCCUGCUUGUCUUGAAAAGCCUUUGUCCAACGGACCUUUUUCUGCAGGCUAUGUUCCGUUCGGCACAUCAGAAACUCUAGGGAAUACAGACACUAUUUUGGUAGGCAAUAAUUAUAUAAAAGGAAGUGGAAGUAAUGGAAAUGUGCCUUACCUGCAGCAAAACACAUUCACUCUACCUCAUAACUGCACAAACCUGACCAGCAUCACAGGAGAGCCAUGGAGAAAACAACUGUCUAACUCUGCUCAGGGGCUUCAUAAAGGUCAGAGUUCACAUUUGGCAGGAUCUAAUGAUGAACAACCUCUCUUUCCUACUGGGUCUACUCAGUAUCUCCAGGCAGCUUGCACUAGUAGUCAAAAUCAAAAUGGACCUCACACUCUGCCUAGAAAUUCAGUACCACAGGGGGAUGCUCUCAAUCACUUCUCCUCUCAUAUUGCUACCUCAGGUGGACUAAAAGGUAUUACCUUUACCAAAGAGAGCAAACCUUCAAGAAAUAGAUCCUUGGGGUCUGAAACAAGGAGGCAAGAUGGAGAUACAUCUAAUAGCUAUGCUGGUGUCAAGGAACUUUCUAAUCAUGUACAUCAGGCAACAACAAUUUCUAUUUCCAGUCUUAACCAUGGAGUUUCUAUAUCACCAAAUUUAAUAAUUACGGACAAUCCUCAGCUUUCUGCCUUGUUAAUUGGAAAAGCCAAUGACAGUGUGGGCCCUGGAACUUGUGAAAAAGUCAAUAAUACUCAUCCAGCUAUUCAUACAAAGACUGAUAAUUCUGUUGCCUCUUCACCUUCUUCAGCCAUUUCCACAGCUACACCAUCUCCAAAGUCGACUGAGCCGACUAGCACACACAGUGUUACCAGCCUUAAUAGUCCUCACAGUGGUUUACACACGAUUAAUGGAGAAGGGCUAGAGAAUUCACAGAGCUCUACAAAAAUAGAUCUGCCUAUAAUUAACCUCAAAUCUGAUCCUCAGAUUAUACCAUCAAUGUCUGUAUCCAUAUACUCCAGUUCAACAGAAGUUCUAAAGGCAUGCAGGAAUCUAGGGAAAAAUGGCUUGUCUAACAGUCACAUUUUGUUGGAUAAAUGUCCACCUCCACGACCACCAGCUUCACCGUACCCUCCCUUACCAAAGGAGAAGUUGAAUCCACCCACACCUAGUAUUUAUUUGGAAAAUAAGCGCGAUGCUUUCUUUCCUCCAUUACAUCAAUUUUGUACAAACCCAAAAAACCCUGUAACAGUAAUACGAGGCCUCGCUGGAGCUCUUAAGUUAGAUCUUGGACUUUUCUCUACCAAAACUUUGGUAGAAGCUAAUAAUGAACACAUGGUAGAAGUGAGGACACAGUUGUUGCAACCAGCAGAUGAAAACUGGGAUCCUACUGGUACAAAGAAAAUUUGGCGUUAUGAAAGUAAUAGAUCACAUACCACAAUUGCUAAGUAUGCACAGUACCAGGCCUCUUCCUUCCAGGAAUCAUUGAGAGAAGAAAAUGAAAGAAAAACACAACUUAAAGACUACUCAGAUAAUGAAUCCACAUCUUCAGAUAAUUCUGGAAGGAGAAGAAAAGGACCUUUUAAAACCAUAAAAUUUGGGACCAACAUUGACCUCUCUGAUAACAAAAAGUGGAAGCUGCAGUUACAUGAGCUGACUAAACUUCCUGCUUUUGUACGUGUUGUAUCAGCAGGAAAUCUUCUAAGCCAUGUUGGUCAUACCAUCCCGGGCAUGAAUACAGUUCAAUUAUAUAUGAAAGUUCCAGGGAGUAGAACACCAGGUCACCAAGAAAAUAACAAUUUCUGUUCUGUUAACAUAAACAUUGGCCCAGGUGAUUGUGAAUGGUUUGUUGUACCUGAAGAUUAUUGGGGUGUUCUGAAUGAAUUCUGUGAAAAAAAUAAUUUGAACUUUCUAAUGAGUUCUUGGUGGCCAAAUCUUGAAGAUCUUUAUGAAGCAAAUGUUCCUGUGUAUAGAUUUAUUCAGCGACCUGGAGAUUUGGUCUGGAUAAAUGCAGGCACUGUGCAUUGGGUGCAGGCUGUUGGGUGGUGCAACAACAUUGCCUGGAAUGUUGGACCACUUACAGCCUGCCAGUAUAAAUUGGCAGUGGAACGGUAUGAAUGGAACAAGUUGCAAAAUGUGAAGUCAUUUGUGCCCAUGGUUCAUCUUUCCUGGAAUAUGGCACGAAACAUUAAAGUCUCAGAUCCAAAGCUUUUUGAAAUGAUUAAAUAUUGUCUUCUGAAAAUUCUAAAACAAUGUCAGUCAUUGAGAGAAGCUCUUGUUGCAGCAGGAAAAGAGAUUUUAUGGCAUGGGCGGACAAAAAAUGAACCAGCUCAUUAUUGUAGCAUCUGUGAGGUGGAAGUUUUUAAUCUGCUUUUUGUCACUAAUGAAAGCAAUUCUCAGAGGACCUACAUAGUACAUUGCCAAGAUUGUGCGCGAAAAACAAGUGGAAAUUUGGAAAAUUUUGUGGUGCUAGAACAGUACAAAAUGGAGGAUCUAAUGCAAGUCUAUGACCAAUUUACAUUAGCUCCUUCAUUAUCAUCUUCCUCAUCUUAAAAUUGUUCCAUGAACAUGAGACCUUUCUGCUCUUCAGGAAAUACCUGUAUCACUGGUUUUAUAGCUGUUUCGUAAACUGCUGAUUCAAAGUUAUGUCUAUGCAAUGUUCCAAGAAUAGAGGGUCAGUCAACUGGACAAGAAGAGCACUGCCUUUAUUGCAAGACUCAGCUGACACAGAUGUAUUUCAGAAAAAUUAUCAUCAUCAUAUGUUUUAUGUAUAUCUGACAGAGCUGUCAGUAAGAAUUAACUUUAAAAAAAUAACCUUUUUUAAUACGUCUGCAAUUUUAGGCUUAUGGAUAAAUUUUCAUCUGUAUUUUACUCUUUCAGGAUUUUCCUGGCAUAAAAAAUACUGUCCUAGGUGGUCAUUUCUUUGUAAUAUGACUAACAAAUUUUUUAAAAAUUUUGGACCAACUUUUUAUUUUAAUGUAAAAAUUUGGAUGAGAAAGUUUUUUACCAUUUUGAUUUUCCUGUAAUGUUUAGAGACCAUGAUGAUUAUCCUUUGGUUUCAAAAUAAAACAAAAAAAUUAAUCAUCAAGAUACAAAGAUAAUGGAUUAGGUGUAGACUAAAGAAUAAAAUUCAGAUUGUGAUUUUCUUUCUAAUCUUGAUACAGAUUUAAAUUAUUUAUAUAAAUACAUAUUUAUUGCUUGACAAUAUUUGUGGAUGGAAUGUUGUUAUUUUUUCCAGAUUUACUUGCCAUUAAAUACCAAGGAGUUCUGUACUUUUAAAUACUACUCCUAUUACAUUUUCUAUGUAUAAAUAAAACUGCUUACAUUGUACAGAAACUUGUAUUAAAAUUGUUUAAUAUUUAAAGGUUUUUUCCACCAUUAUGAGUUUUAAAAAGCCUUUCUGUAAAAAACCCAGUUUGUGCUUAUAUCAAAUCAAAUGAAUACAUGUAUUUUAUAUGUGUGAGUAUGCACACAUAUGUAUAGUGUAUACAGAAAUAUCAAUAUAUAAUUGUAUAAACAAAACAAUUUUUAAAUUUUUUACAUCUACGAUAGUUUUUGAGGUGCCUAUUAUAAAAGAAUUGCUUACCAAAAAAAAAAAGUUUAUUUUUAAAGUUAUGUCUUUCAGUCUCAUUUAUUAAGUUGCUGUUAUUGCAAUGAUAGCCAAUAAAUAAUUGCUGGGAAAUGUAUUUUUAAUAACAGUAAAAAUAGUAAGGAUAUUAAAGGGAACAUUAUAAAUUGGAUAAAUCUUAUUUUUCAUUUAGAGGUUUUUAAAUUGAAAAGAUAUUCAGAAUGAUGACUUAUUUUAGAAAUUAAACAUAUUAGCUGAUUUAUUUUUUAAAGUUAGAUGACAAAAUGAUAGAAGGGAAAGAAAAGGGAUUGGGGGUAUUUUUAACAAGUUCUACAAAAACCUGUUUUUGUUGUUGUUGUUUGGUUUGAUACAGUACAGUGCAGUACUGGGGCCUGGACCCAGGGGCACUCAACCACUGAGCCACAUCCCCAACCCUUUUUUGUAUUUUAUUUAGAGUCAGGGUCUCACUGAGUUCCUGAAGGCCUCUUUAAAUUGCUGAGGCUGGCUUUGAAAUCAUGACCCUUCUACCUCAGCCUCUGAGCUGCUGGGAUUACAGACAUGCAACCACACCCAGCUGUAUUGUCAUUUUAUCACUUGUUCUAAAUGUUUUUUAAGAAACUUAAGUGAACAGUCACAAUAUUGUAUAAAUAAAGUUAUAUAACUUUCUAAAAAGAUAAGCUUUUUUUUUUUUUUUAUUUUAAUGCUCCUGGGAAUUGGAUUGAACUCAGGGCACUCAGUCACUGAGCCACAUCCCCAGCCCAAUUUUGUAUUUUAUUUAGAGAUAGGGUCUCAAAAUGAGUUGCUGAGCACCUCAUUUUUGCUGAGGUUGGGUUUGAACUCUUAAUUCUCCUGCCUCAACCUCCUGAGCUGUCCGGCAAGAAGCUUUAAUCUUGUGUGCAAAAUGUCUAGAUGAUAGCAUUGAUGAAGCAUCUUCUCAGUACAAUUUUGAAAUGUUUUUAUAUUUAGAAGUAAUUUGAAGACUAAAGACAUGGAGACAUUUUAUUGUUGGGUAAUUUUUAAGUAUUGAAACCCAUGAGCUGUAAUCACCUAUAUAUUACUUUAGAAGAGAAUAAUUGCAGGUUUUCAGUAAAUGAAGAGAAGUAGUAAAUGCCUCUGGAUAUUUUAAAUGCCAAUAGUCUUGUGUUUUUCUUAUAAAUCCUCUUGUUCAGAAA